AUGAAUGCUCAAACUCAAGAUAUAAACCGUGAAGAUUGGUUAUUAUGGCAAUUUGCCGAUUCAGCAUUGCCAACCGGAGGUUUUGUAGCUUCUGCCGGAUUGGAGUCUGCAACUCAAGCAGGACAUGUUACAGACACUGAAUCUCUAUUAUUGUUUUUAAGUAAUAGCAUUGAGAAUUAUGCUUAUAGUUCGCUACCGUUUGUCACUGAUACUUGGUGGAUCGUCAAUGUAGAGAAUUUAAAUUGUGAGAAUUUGAAUAAUAAAGAAGAUUUUGUAGAUAAUACAGAAGAAAUUAUGGAAAAAAUUAUAAGUUUAGAUGAUUUAUAUAAUGCUUGCACAUCAAAUUAUGUCACAAAGCGAGCUUCGAAAACUCAAGGCGUUGCUAUGUUAACUUUGUUUACUAAAUCUUUCGCUAAUAACAAUAGCAAAUCGAAAAUGAAGGAUUUUGUGGUAGAAAAAUUUAAGCUUAGAGUUAGAAAAGAGAUCUCACAUGGACACCUGCCGAUUUGUUUUGGAUUGGUCACAAAUUGCCUCGGAAUUAGUUUGGAACGAACACAGCAUCUUUACCUAUUUCUAUUUGCUCGUGCAAUUUUAUCAGCUGCAGUUCGAUUAAAUAUUAUUGGCCCAUAUUAUUCUCAAAGAUUGUUAACAGAAUGCCAA